GUUCCAAUCAUACCAAUUGCAGCCCCACCGUAAUCCUACGGUCCAGAUUCUUCCGUCCUUUUCCCACCUCUACUCCUCCUCCGUUUCUUAUUCCUCCCUGCGAUUCCUCUGUCCAUCUACUUCUUCGGUUCACUGUCUUCGUUGUCCCUACGGAACAAGCCAGAUUUCGAUAUGAGACUGAACUCGAGUGUAGCUACAAUGGCGGAACCGAGUGUUUCUUGUACUACUUUCAAUAUCCUAGCUCCUAUUUAUAAGCGGCUCGAUCAACAGAACCAGAGUAUUCGAGAGAGUGAUUUUCGCCCCAGGUGGUUCACUAGGAACCAGAUGAUUUUGGAUUGGUUACUCCAUGAUCAGUCUUCGGUUAUCUGUCUCCAGGAAUUCUGGGUUGGGAAUGAAGAAUUAGUGCAAAUGUACAAGGAGAGGCUGGGCAAUGCAGGUUACACUACUUUUCAGCUAGCCAGGACGAAUGGGCGUGGAGAUGGCUGUCGUAUAAGCGGCAACCUUAUUCUCAAUGACUGUUUGAUGGUGGGUGGGGUGGAGUGGAUGUUUACUCUUCCAAGCUGUCUGACUGGAGGGUUUGCAUUACUCCUUACAGGUCUUUUAACUGCCAUUCACAAGGACUACUUUGAAGUUGUGAAUUAUGGGGAGCUGCUCUUUAACGACUUUGGAGACCGUGUUGCACAGCUCUUGCAUGUCCAAUCUGUUAUUCCUGUUAUGCUUAAUGGAAAUGAGAAGGUUCAACAAGAGAUUCUUAUAGUGAACACCCAUCUGUUGUUUCCUCACGAUUCUAGUUUGUCGAUUGUGAGAUUGCAUCAGGUCUACAAAAUCCUUGAAUAUCUGGAGACAUACCAAAAGGAAAAUAAACUUAACAACAUGCCCAUUAUUCUCUGCGGUGAUUGGAAUGGAAGCAAACGUGGACAUGUCUACAAAUUCCUGAGGUCUCAGGGGUUUGUAUCGUCAUAUGAUAUUGCACACCAAUACACUGACAGUGAUGCAGAUUCUCACAGGUGGGUUAGCCACAGAAACCACAGAGGGGACAUAUGCGGAGUCGACUUCAUAUGGCUUCGUAACCCCAGCAAGCCAAGAAAACCAUUGAAAACAAGUUGGGCUGAGGCAGUUUUCGGCAUAAUCAAGUAUCAACUCCAAAAAGCUUCUAUUACUGAGGACAAUGCCUUCGCGUCUCUAAGGGGCAGUAACAGCGAUCCUGUGACUUACCCUGACUUUUGUGAGGUCCUUCAGAAGGUAAAUAUAACGGGACUUCCUUACGGGCUGAGCUUCGAGGACACAAAAGAGCUGUGGCUUGGAGCCGAUCUUGAUGGAAAUGGCCUUCUUGACUGCGAAGAACUUAAGAGGAUUUGGGACAUGACAUUGGCGGUGGAUCAGACAGAGUUCUGCCAAGAGAGCCUCGAGGAGGAGAGUACAGAAUCUGUAGAAGCGAUAGGUUUCGAAGUGAAGAAGGCGGUCCUGUUUCCACUGGAAGCCGAGAGAGGGAUGUGGCCGGAGAACUACACUCUGUCCGACCAUGCCCGCCUCACCGUCGAAUUCUCGCCUUGUCGGAGUUCUCUCUCCAGUUAAAAUGCCUUUGAGCACAACAAUCACACGAUGUUUGUUUGUAGAUACGGCCAGGACAGAUGAAGGAACAGAAACCAAUCCUCUUGUCAUCCGUAUAGUUUUUGGAGACAAGAGAAUCAUCUAAAGAAAAGUUUGCCAUGGUGCUCACUCUGUUACUUGGAUC